CAAUGACAUAUACGACCGCAAAACCAUAACUGAUUUUGACGGAGGUGAAGGGCUUUCACUUCAACCAACUCUCUAAUGGCGGCCAAGGACCAAGAUAAGAGCAAACUCAAGAAGAGGAAGCAAGUCUCUGGUGCCAAGCCUGAUGCUGCGAGUUCUAGUCCCAAAAAACCAAAGCUCCUCGCCGUAAAGCACUCAAAGGCUCCGAAAAAUGACUCGAAGAAACCUUUCAAGCGUUCCGAGCACACCAAACCAUUUAAGAGUUCUGAACACGCCAAAUCUGGACCUAUAAUGGAGAAGAAGGACCCUCCCAUGUCAAAGCGAGAACGUCGCAUCAACGCCAAGGAGCUUGCUGAGGCCAGGAAGAUGAAGAGGAAGCGUUAUUACACUUUAGAACAUGAGCUUGCACAUUUGUGGGAAAAAAUGAGGGUUCGCAACAUUGGCAAAGAAGACAGAGCCAAGUUGAUCAGCGAAGCACUACAAAAAAUGAAGGGAAAGAUAGCUGAAAUUGCAGGCUCUCAUGUUUCUUCUCGUGUUCUUCAGACUUGUGUAAAGUACUGUUCAAAAUCUGAAAAUGAUGCUGUAUUUGAGGAGCUUCAACCACAUUUUCUCACAUUGUCAUCUAACAAGUAUGGUGUUCAUCUGGUGAAGAAAAUGUUAGACAAUGCUUCUAAAAAGCAGAUUGCGGUAGUUAUUUCAUCUUUCCAUGGGCAUGUUGCUUCACUUCUUCGUCAAGUUGUUGGAUCUACAGUCAUUGAGCAUGCAUACCAAUCGGGAAACGCAACUCAAAAGCAGGAGCUUUUGAUGGAAUUAUACUCUGCGGAGCUACAAAUAUUUAAGGAUCUAGUUACAAUGAAAGAAAGCAGUUUACAAGAUAUAAUGUCAAAGUUAAGUCUGCCGAAAACCUCAGUCGUGCGCCACAUGACAUCAGUGAUUCAACCGAUUCUGGAGAAAGGAAUUGUUGAUCACUCAAUCAUACACAGGAUAUUAAUGGAGUACUUGAGUAUAGCUGAUCAGACUUCUGCCACAGAUGUGCUCCAACAAUUAUCUGGUCCACUUCUUGUUCGAAUGAUCCAUACCAGGGAUGGGUAUAGGCUUGGGAUGCUCUGUGUCAAGCAUGGCAGUGCAAAGGAAAGAAAGAAAAUAAUAAAAGGGAUGAAAGACCACAUACAAAAGAUUGCUCGUGAUCAAUGCGGAAGCAUGGUUCUUGUUUGCAUUAUUUCAGUUGUUGAUGACACAAAGCUUUUAACAAAGAUUGUCAUCCAUGGAAUUCAAGAAAAUUUGGAGGAGCUUGUUUACGACAAGAAUGGAAGACGUUUCUUACUACAGCUACUUCAUCCAAAAUGUUCACGCUAUUUCACUCCCGACGAGCUGGCGUCUCUUGAUUUGUCUAUAGAUUCUCUUUCUGGCAAAGUUAACGGAUCAAGUGAGGAGGUUAAGCAUAAUGAUGACAUGGAAGAGACAGAAACUGAGGCCAAUGCAAGCUCUGACCCUGUUGAGACCCUUCACAUGGUUGAGGGUGGGAAGAAGGAUCCUUCUGUUCGAAGGGAAGAGUUGUUAGUCAAGAGUGGGCUGGCUGAGAGACUUGUUGAUGUAUGCAUUGAAAACCCAGGCAAACUACUUCAAUCAAAUUUUGGGAAGGAUGUGAUAUACGAGGUUGCAAUUGGGGGUGCAGAUGGCAUUCUUAACCCAACUAUGGAAGAUAAGUUAUCUGCCUUGCAUAAAGCCAUAGCAUCUGUAGUGUCAGAGCCUAAAUCUGAGGAAUCAGAGGAACAUGUCCUCGAAAAUUUCCAUUCUAGUCGGACCAUUCGGAAGUUAAUCUUGGACUGCCCCACCUUUGCUUCUACACUAUGGAAAUCUGCAUUGAAAGGAAAGUGCGAAAUGUGGGCCUCAGGUCACAGUGGCAAGGUGAUUUCUGCUUUCUUAGAAUCCUCAGAUUCUGCAGUGUGUGCACAGGCAAAGAAAGAGCUGCAGCCCUUGAUCGAUCGUGGUAUACUCAAAAUCCCAGAGAAGCAGCCAGUCAAAAAAGCUUAAAUUCAGCCAAAAGAAGAUAUGACCCUGGUUGCCAUAUUAUUAUCAGCACAGAAAUCUCUCCAUGAAAUUUUGUACCAGUUAAACUCGAGAAUUCACAAUUUUUAGCUAUAUAAAAUUUGAUUUUUGAGUUA